AUGUCGUCUUGGGGUGUUGAUGUCUCGCUGAGACAGGGUACUCGUCAGGGAACUACGGCUAACUACGCCGUAGUGAUACAUCGAGUGUUCUCUGCCAGGCGGGGUUGUUGUGACAAAUGCUCCCUAGGUUCUCGUAACUUUGUCGUAGUCGGUCUCAGUGGUUUGGGGUUGUGGUGGUUGGCGAUGGAUAGGGGUUCGGUGAUGGUGAAAGGAGGGUUGAUGAUGGUGGUUGUCAGGGAUGUUACGACAUGGAUCCUGGGUUCGACUCCCCGGACGGCGCCGGGGGUAACCCAGGCCCUACUUGGAAAACCUCCCUCUCGGACAUUCUCCUCCCGAAUCAGGUUAACAUCACUGUCACAAUGGGCACUGUUAUAUCGAGCCAAUGCUGUUUGGUUAGAGUUGGAUGGGUUGGGUAUUUAA